AUGAAGCCCGCUUUGUCCGUGAGCGAGCUGUCGCAAAGAUUAAAUCUGAAAUGCUGGUCGCCCAACUGGAACUUAAGAUACAGGGUACAGCUCCUUGAGGCCAUCCCGCGGGCGCGCACAGUGCGGGAGCUGCGUGAAGUUCAGCAGCACGGACAGGCGCAAGGUUACUUCACCACUGCCCACUCCGUUGCUACUAUCAUGCAGCUCGGCACCCUGGCGGCAACAACCCCUCUUUCCCCCGGCGAGAGGGACGCCGCGAGGCAACUUGCCACGCAGCUGCUGCGCCGCCUGCGGAGGCCCCAGCAGCAAAACCUGCCGCCAGCCCUCCGAGUGCACACGGAGCGAGCCGCAUUACAGCUGGGCCUGGACCUGGACCUGCUGUCCUCAGAGGCCCCUCACCAGCAGCACCAGCAGCACCUCCACCACCACCAGGUCGCCAGUAGCACUGCUCCCACUCAUGCCACACCCCAUCCUCCACCCUCCUUGAGCACCCAGUCCCGGGGGCCACCAGAUGCGCCACCAGAUGCGCCAGCUAGCGCGCCAGGCGGGACCGCAGGCGGAGGUAAUACCAGCGGAAGCCGGGGCCUGGGGCAGGAAGCCGGCGGUCAGGGAGGCGGCGCUGCAACGGGAAUGGGAAUGGGAGAUGGCCAGGUGUCAGCUGCUGGCGCAGCAUCUCCCGUUGUUGGGGAGGCGGCGAGCCUGAAGUUCCAUGAAGCGUUGCAUGUGGCUUGGAAAGCCUGGCGGGGGUCUUCUUCCGGAGACUGGUCGGCGGAGGCGGAGGUGGCUGGGGACCCAACUUGGAGAGAUGAGGUAGAGGCGGCGCUCCAGGGGGCCCCUCCGGGGGAAAUGGCGAUUGGUGACCUGGCGGAGGCGGUGCACCUGAUGGUGGGGCUGCGGCUGAUGCCAAAGUACGACUGGCUGUGUGCGGUACAGGACCGUCUGCGGCUGGAGAUGGCGGCGGUGGAGGGGGAGGUAGCAGCGGGGAGGGUUGGUGGCGGCGGAAGCGGAAGCGGCGAAUUGGGUCAAGGCAGCGCAGCGGCGCUGGUGGGUGCGUACGCCGACGGUGCGGCGGCGAUGUUGGCGGAUCUCCGGCAGGUAUACGAGGCGACGGAGGAGCUGAUGCAGUUCAGUGGCAGCAGCACUAGCAGCUUCAUCAGUAGCAGUGGCAACAACGCGGUUACUUCGACCGGCGGCAACAGUCCAUGCAGCCAGCAGGGAGAACACGCAGCAGCAGCCGCAGCGGCACACGCGAUGGUGCCCAACGCUGCUUCGGUCGCCCCGCCGCCCUCGGAGCCGUCCCCAUCACCACAUCGGAAUUAUGCACAGCAAGGAAAGGAGGAGCCGCAUCGGGCCGUGCCACCAUUGGAGGACACGCGAGGCGGACUGACGCGAGGCACGGAGCCAAGCACUGGUUUCGGAGGACUCGAAGACCUAGGACGGGGACGAACAGGAGGACAAAAGGCCGCGGAGGAGCUGCCAGGCAGCGGUGGGGGCGAGGAAUCCGACGAGGCUCAUGAUAAUGGCGGUGGGCCGGCGGCCGCCCUAGGACAUCUCCGAGUGCUCCUAAGGCAGGCUGGCGGUGAGAGGGUGCCCGCUGCAGGAGGCCCGCUGGCAGCGCUGGGCAGCGUCGGUGAUGACGGACGCGGAGAUAGCGACUCGACGGACACCAAUACCGCAGCACGCCGCGCGGUCGCGGAUCUAACGUUGCUGCUGGCGGCGGCUCAUCGAGCAGAGGUCGCUGCCGCCGGUCGUACGGCGACGGUGACCGCUGCAGCCAGCGCAGCGGAGCUCAGUUCGGCGGCGGAGUGCAGUGCGCCGGGGCUGACCGCGGAGCAUGUGGCGGCGCUGGUCGCGGCAGCGCGGGCCGUACAGCCGGCAGGGCUGCCGUCGCAGCUGCUAGCGGCGGCGGCCAGGUUGCUCGUGGCCACCUCGCGCAGCGGAGUGACGUGCGUGCAUGUGGCACUGGUGCUGGCGGCGUGUGUGGAGACUGGCUACACGCCGCCACCUCACCUUCUGGAGCAGCUUGUGACGCUGGCCUUUAAGACACAAUCGCCGUUGCCGUUGGACGAUAAAAAGCAACUGCCGUCGGACGCGACCAGGGACGGCGCAGCCGCCGCUACCCCUGCCGCUGUAGCGGCAGCGGCGGCGGCGGCAGCGGGACAUGAGCAGCAGCCUGUCCUCGGCGCCGAGUUAUCCGCCUCGUACAUUCGGGCUCUGCACGAAUGCGGUGUCGCGCAAAGGCGCCUGGGCUACCGACUAAAUAACCGGCAGUUUGGGAACUGGGUGGAUGCUGUGACGCGGCGGCCCUUGGCCCUCAGCCCCCCCCAGCUGGUGCAGCUGAUGACGGCAUGCACGGAGCGAGGCUAUGCAGUACGACCCGCUGAGGUCGCCAGCGGCCUGAUCGCCGCGGCCAUUCAGCCGCCCGCCCGCCUGCAGCGCCUUUCCGGUAGUGAGGCGGUCGCGGUGGUGCAGUUUGCGGUUCAGCAGGGCCUGCAGCUGGGCGCCGACGGCAGUAGCAGCAGCAGCAGCACCGGCGGAGGCGGCGCUGCCCCCCCGGCGCUGCUACAGCACUUGGCGCCGAAGCGACUCCAGGAGUUGACCGCGACGGAGCUAGGAGUGUUGUUGCCGGCGCUGUGCGCCGCUGGCGCAGUGCUCGGCCGUACCGGCGGCUCUGCUGCCGCCACCGCUGCCACUACUACCUGGCUAGCCGACCACUCGUCUGCGCUAUUGCCACAUGCGGAGGCGCUACAGCCGGAGGAGGUUCUCCGGCUGUUGCGCUGCUACGACCAGCUGGACUACAGCCCACCGUCGCUGCUACUGCUAGGUUUCUCUCUGGCACUGGAGUCGCAGCUUGCCUCCGCUCCCUUGCUGACGCUGCUGCAGGCCCUGCACCUCCUCUUAUGCGGGCGCCGUAGCUUCAAGCCCAACGAGGGCCUGGCGGCAGCUAUCCACGAGCACCUCCUGCCGCGGCUGAUGCUGGCGGCAACGGCGACGAUGGCGCCGCCUCCGCCGUUGCUGCAGCAGCAGCUGGAGGGCAGCGGCGGCAUGACGAUGCCGCAGCGGCUUAUGGUGCUGCAGGUGCUGGCGGCGGCGCGCGUGCGGCCGCACCCGGCCCAGCUGGCGGCGGUGUUGGAAGUGGAGAUGUCGGGCGGUGCGGGGCUGAUGGCAGGGCUAGCUGGGGACGAGUUGGUGGCGCUGCUGUGGCACUGCGUGGCUUUCCGUGCUCUGCCCUCCUGGCGCUUUAUCGGCGAGUGGCUGGAGGCCUUCGCCGCCGCAGCAGGCAGCCGGGCCGCCGCUGAGCGCUCUGAAGCGCACGAUGGCAGCGCCGCCGCCGCCGGCGCCAGUAUCGGAAGCCAGGUCAGCGCGGGCGCGUUGGCUCGCGUUGGCUGGUGCUUGGCGCAGAUGGGUUUGCAGCCGGACGCCGGGUGGCAGGCAGCGUACCAGGCGGCGCUGCUGCCGGUGCUUCCACGUCUAGACGGCGAGGCGCUGAGCCUGGUGGCUCAUUCGUCGUUGUUGCUGCGCAGCCGGCCGUCGGAGGAAUGGUUGGAGGCACUGAUUCGGGCGGCGUUGGGGCGCCUUGAGGAGUUGGAUGGGGCCUCCGCAACGCGGCUGCUGCACUUCAUUGCUGCGGCGGAUGUGCAGACGUCCCAGGACUGGAUACAGUCUUUCUUUUUGCAUACGUUACAUCUACUGGAGGGCCCUGCAGUGCCAGAGCCCCAGCCGUUAGCGCCGGUAGGGGGCGCCGCCGCCGCCACCGCCGCCGGUAGAGCUGCUGCUGCUGCUUCUGGGCCCGCAGCCAGUUCCGACCAGAUAGCCCUCAUGCUGCGGGCCCUUGCUCGUCUUGGUUUCCGUCCGCCGGAGGCCUGGCUGGCAGCGGCGCUGCAGCGACUCUGUACCGGAGCUCUCGCUCUCAGCCCCGCCUGCUUUCCUGUGGUGCUCAUGUCGCUGGUGCGGCUAUGUCCUGAUCUGGUUUCGGAGGCGGAGCCGGGGGGCGUUGUGGACCAGCUGGUUCGGGCUGCGUAUAAGAAGCGCGGCGCCUUCACCGCUCUGGAGCUUUGCUGGCUGUUAGAGGCGCUGGGGUGCUAUCCGGCGUACGAGCUGCCGGCUGCGGCGGCGGAGAAUCUGAUGGCUGCGCUGCGGCGGCUGGAGGAGGGCCCGGGGGAGAUAGAGACGGAGGCGGAGGGAAGCGGCGAUGUGGCCCUUGCGCUAGGGGGUGAUGUGAGCGGGUCCUGGCUGGCAUGGUAG